AUGUCGGAGCCGCCCAAAGGCCGAAUAGCCAUCAGACUCGGCUCUACAUCAUCAGCCCCAACGUCCGACAGGCCCCCCCGUCCCGCGCCCCCAUCAAGCCUCGGAAAGCGACCCCGGUCCCGCGCCGCCCUCGGCGCAGACUCCGACUCCGACUCCGACUCCGACCAGGACCGCCGCGGACGCCAUGAGGCCAUCACCGGGUUCGGCGCAGAUGGCGCGGAGACGCGACACGGGAGGGAGCAGGCACCGAAGAAGAAGAAGGAAUACAUCAUCGAGAGACAACCAAACAGAGAUUGGAGAGGGGAGAUGCGCGCACAGAGGGCAGACGCUCGAGAGCCAGAGGACGGCACCGCGGCGACGGCGCCGGCAGACUCAGGCGGCAACAAUCAAUCAUGGGGCCUGACCGUCAAGGGAAAGACGCGUAGCCCUCCCGCCGAGCGACAAGACGGCCCGGCGGAGACCCCGUCGGAGACGCCUCGGCAAGCACCCCUACCCAGGUCGGCAGACGACGAGGCCCUCGAUGCGCUGCUGGGCAACAGGCCGAAAGAAGCGAGAGUCAUCACAACGGAAGACGACGUGUACAGGCGUGAUGCUGCGGGCGCGGGCGCCGCCUCCACGCUGCAAGACUACGAAGAGAUGCCCAUUGAGGAAUUCGGUGCCGCCCUGCUGCGCGGGAUGGGGUGGGACGGACAACACCGCGGGCCAAAGGUCAAGGAUGCGCGCAAGAGGCCCAACCGUCUGGGUCUCGGCGCCAAGGAGCUGAAAGGCGUCGAAGAUCUGGGCGGCUGGAAUCAGAACGGCGCAAAAAAGAGGAGCAGGCCGCGGCUGGAUGAAUACAAUCGGCAACAGAGUCGGAGGAAGGAAGAACGGGGCAGGGAAGAUAGCUACAAAAGAGAGCGGGACAGGGACAGGGAGAGGGACAGGAAUGGCCACAAGGAACGACAUAGGGACGGCGAUAGGGACCACCAUGGAGACGAGAGGCACAGGGGUAGGCAUGGGGAUUACAACAGGGAUCGAAGGCGGUAG